GCAAGAAAUGAUCUCCGGGUACAUGUACUCCCGAGAGGAUCUCAACUCCGCCCUCGCCUACGGCGGCAACAAAACCCGUAAACUUGAAUAUCUCGUCGCCGACGCCGUCGACCAGCGCUGCGAUACCCUCGUCAGCAUCGGCGGUCCAAAGCAACCAUACCCGGCAGGUAGCCGCGGCAGCUGCGCACGUGGGUCUACGCACCCGGAGCACUGGGUCGACUGGGAGUACCCGGGCUAUGAGACGUCCGGUUUCGGCAUCAAGCAUAAGUCCACCGCGAUGGGGUUGGUGGAGGAGUGUAGAGACCGUUAUUGUGUGUGCGGUGUGUGUGUGCGGUGUGUGUGUGCGGUGACGGGGUCGACGGUGGCGGGGAUGGUUGCCGGGUUUAAGUUGAUUGAGAAGCUGUAUCCGGAGGAGGAGGCGAAGAAGGGCGCGCAUGGCGGGAAGAGGAGGAAGGUGGUUGGCAUCGACGCUUCAGCGAAGCCGGCGGAGACGCGCGCGCAGGUUCUGCGCAUUGCGAAGGAUACGGCUGAGAAGAUUGGGUUGGGUGCUGAACAGAUUACCGAGGAGGAUAUUGUUCUUGACGAGCGGUAUCAUGCGGGGGUGUAUGGCAUUCCGGAUAAGCAGACUUGGGAUAUGGUGAGGCGGGGGAAGAUUAGCAGUGGCCAGCGCCAGCUCGUGGUGUAUAACCCAAGAUGGUGA